CUUUAUGGAACAUUUUCCGCCAAGAUCAAGGGAAAGUGAAUCCGCGCAGCGGGGGAUGCCCCGCACGCCGCUGCCAUCGGGGGCCGCGGAGCCGCGCCCGGCCUGAGCGCCCCGCGCAGCCGCCGCGCUGCCCCGCGGAUGCCCUUCAUGCCGCAGCCGCCCCCCAGGCGAAGCCCGGAGCCCCCCGCUGCGCCUCCUGCCCCCCGGCCGGCUGUGAAAUGCUCCAGGAGAAAAGCCUGUCUGAAACCGAGGAAGGGUUUCCAACAGCCCCCGCGCCCGGCCAUGCGGACUCCUCCGCCGGUUCCCCCGUCCUCGGCGUAGCCGGGGGGAGCAGCACGCCUCUCAGCAGCCCGCAGCUCCCCGACCCCGAGCAGACAAUAGAAAAUAUCAAAGUCUAUCUCCAUGAGAAGGAGCUAUGGAAGAAAUUUCAUGAAGCUGGCACCGAAAUGAUAAUAACCAAAGCAGGCAGGAGGAUGUUUCCUAGUUACAAGGUCAAAGUGACCGGAAUGAACCCCAAGACCAAGUACAUCUUGUUGAUCGACAUCGUCCCGGCUGACGACCACCGGUAUAAAUUCUGUGACAACAAAUGGAUGGUGGCUGGGAAGGCAGAGCCGGCCAUGCCGGGGCGGCUGUACGUGCACCCCGACUCACCGGCCACGGGAGCGCACUGGAUGCGGCAGCUGGUGUCCUUUCAGAAGCUAAAACUCACCAACAACCACCUGGAUCCCUUUGGACAUAUCAUUCUUAAUUCAAUGCAUAAAUACCAACCACGACUGCAUAUUGUGAAGGCUGACGAGAACAACGCUUUCGGGUCGAAGAACACAGCCUUCUGCACCCAUGUUUUUCCAGAGACGUCCUUUAUAUCGGUGACCUCCUACCAGAAUCACAAGAUAACCCAGCUGAAAAUUGAGAACAACCCCUUUGCCAAGGGAUUCAGGGGGAGCGACGACAGCGACCUGCGCGUGGCACGACUGCAAAGCAAAGAAUAUCCAGUAAUUUCCAAAAGCAUCAUGAGGCAGAGGUUGGUGUCCAGUCAUGGCCAGCUUUCAACAAAGCCAGAUGUUAAUCCACUUCAUGGGAAUCACCAGACCCUUCAACAUUAUCAGUAUGAGAACGGUGCUCACAUGCAAUUUGCGGCUUCAGAUACUCAAGAUCUGCCACUCAACACCUUCACAGCACAGAGAGAUUCAGGGCUCUUCUAUCAUUGCCUAAAAAGAAGAGAAAGUGCUCGGCACCUGGACCUGCCCUGCAAACGCUCCUACCUGGAAGCCUCCUCUUCUGUAGGAGACGAUCACUAUUUCCGUUCCCCACCUCCGUACGAUCAGCAGAUGCUGAGCCCUUCCUAUUGCAGCGAGGUGACUCCGAGGGAAGCGUGCAUGUACUCUAGUUCUGGGGCUGAAAUUGCCGGUGUCUCAACGGUUGACGACUUGCCGCCCCCGCCUCCCCCCUUGAGCUGCAAUAUGUGGACUUCUGUCGCACCUUACACCAGCUACAGUGUUCAGACAAUGGAAACUGUCCCUUACCAGCCUUUCCCUGCUCAUUUCACUGCCACCACCAUGAUGCCGCGGCUCCCGUCCAUCACGGGUCAAGGCUCGCAGCCACCAGGUAACAGCCACUUCAGUGUCUACAACCAGCUGUCCCAGUCUCAGGUUCGGGAGCGCGUUCCUUCUUCAUCUUUCCCGAGGGAAAGGGUGCACCCGUCUGUGUGCGAGAGAAAACCCCCCUCUCCGCACCUAAACGCGGCGAACGAAUUCCUGUACUCACAAAGCUUUUCCUUGUCGAGGGAGUCAUCGCUGCAGUAUCAUUCAGGGAUGGGGACUGUGGAGAACUGGACUGACGGAUGACUCUGACGGCCAAGCGAUGCCACAGCCAACGUUACUGCUCCAGGACAGUGUUCAAUCAGUGUUGAUACCUGUGGGUAACUUGCACUUCGGUGAGACAAAUGUGCGUUUCCAGAGGGAUUUGUGUGGGUGAGGAGCUUGUAUCUUCAGACACACAGAGAAUUACAUCUCCUGUCUUGGUGGGCUGGAUUCAUCAGUCUCUUACUGACUCCCAAAUAAAUUAAUUCUCGCGUCUUCAUUACUCAUCCAGUAGAAACCAUCUUCAUGACUAACAAGUGAAGUAGCUAGUCAUUUUCUUUUGCCUGUAAUAUUAAACAUCCGUGAGCAAAUUUUGGCUAUUUGGGAAAAAUAUGAGCUUCACUUUUAUGGUACUUGUUUCGUGAAGUCACAGCAUCCCAAAACUCAAAGGAAAAAGCGAUCUGUUUGGUUGCGUAGUUCCCGGACUGCUGUAGCAGCACUUCUUUAGCUUCUUUUUGUCUGUAGAAAUAUAACUUCUUCCUCUGGAAGUGACGGAGCCAUAGGAGCGCGGGGGCCGGCGGGGAGGCUCGGCGGUGGGGUCAGGGAGCUGCGGUGCCGCUCCGGUACCUCCCCGGCGCAGCGCAGGGUUCGUGCCAUGGCGCGGAGAGGAGAAGGCACCGAUGCACAAAUGUCUCUUCUUCCCCCCACAACACCAUCAUUCGUGGCUGUGGGAAACUAAGAAGUGAAGCGUUAUGCCUGAGGCCAAAGAGCAAAUUAAUUGCAGCGUUAGGAACAGACCCAGUGUCUUCAGACUCCCAUCCGCUGAUUGAAUCACACUUGCUUAUUGCAAUAUAUUUAUGAAGUUUUAAGCUUAAAGUCGCUAAUACUUUCCAGAAACGAUUUCUGUAUUUGCUGGUCCUUGAUUUCUUUCGCAUUCAGCUGAAACGCGCCUUUUGUGCUAUGUUUUUUUCUUUCGCAGCUAACUCAGAAAGAAUUGUUUUCAGCAUAAAGGAGGCAUAGAGGAAUAUUUUCUUAAUUGGGGGGUGGGGUGGGAAGAGUUCCCAUUACCUGUCAGGCUUUACAGUGUACAAAUAUUUGUAGAGCAGGUAAAAAUCUGUAACCAGUGUAUACGUUGCUACUAUUGUUUACUGUGGAAGUAUCUUGAACUGACUCCUUCAGCGCCGGCUUUGCCUGCUGGUGUCCCUACGAGGUGAGGAGGGGUGCCCCAGCGACAGCCACGGCGUGGAAUGGCCUCGCGUGGGAAGGCAAGCUGCGCUCUUUCUGGGACGAAACUCCCGUGGCCUUCACCCGAAAAGCUCCUGAGCUGGGGUGCGUCCUCCUCCGAUCCGCAGCGUGUCCAUCGCGCCAAGCUCCCAGGCGAUGCUGUCCCCGGGGAUGGCAACACUGAGGUGAUGCUGGGCGUUUGGUCCCACUAAAGAGCGCGGUAUUUAAGCUCUAGCCAUGCACAGCGGGGUUUUUCCCCCCGCCCCUGCUUCCCAAUGGGCAAAGGCAAAAAGCUGAAACAGAAAUUCGGCAGUCGGGGGGGGGGUACUUCCGCGUUUUGAUGAAUCCAUCCCAGUGAAGAGAGGCUGAUGGAUGAGGGCGGCUGCUUGCGGUGAGACAACCCCGAGGCCACUAACGUGGAGGUCACGUUUCAACCAGGACAAUCUCAUACACCCGUUCAGCAGACUGUGUGUGUGAGCCGUGUGGAUU